AUGGGUUGUCGCAGAGUGGGACACAAUCACCUCUGGCCUACUAAGGGCAAGCUCAUCAUCCAGAAAUGUGAAACACGAUGCAACUUUUGCACUGGCGAGGCGCGUUUCAAGGAAUGGAACUUUGCUUGGUUCCUCCGUCGACAUGUGCGCGCAAUUCACAUCAAGAAGGGGAAAUACAGGGGUCUGAAACUGGACUCAAAAGGGGAUGAGGUGAAUCCGCGCGGUGGCCGAAGAGCACCUCGAGGCACACCCGGAGGCAAUCUCGAGCCACGUGAAUCCGAUGACCGCGAAUACAUUCCCCAGGAGGUUGGCGAUUUUGUCGAGGGACCAAUGCCAGACUUUGUUGAUCAGGAGAACGGUGACAACUACGACGAUGCCGUCCAUAACCGCACUCGCAGGGACUACGGCACGCUCAGCGACGCAUACGGAGAUCCCAACGCACAGCGGCCAAUUCUAGCGGAUGAGGAGCCCCUGGGCGGACCUCACAGUGGCAUCAUCGAGGAGUUCAGUGAAUGGAUCGACAGUAUCGACGUCUGGGAUCGCGAUACGGUGGGAGAUGAUGAGGUCGAGGUCGAAGAUGAGGACGAUGUCGAAGAUGAGGUCGAUGUCGGAGAUGAGGUCGAUGUCGGAGAUGACGCCACUUUCAUGGAAGUUGACGGAGUCAUGACCGAGCCAGUCGAGAACGCAAUCCCAGCUUCGGAGAGCGGCAGAUUCUUCAUGUCCGAUGUGUCUGCUCCCGACCCAGACCCGGAYGAGCUGGAUGAUAUGCCACUGGCCUACCGGACCGACAACUACAACUACGCCGUCAACGCUCCGACUGAUGAAAUGCACAACAACAUGAUGCAGAUGCUGCGCGGCGUGUCUGACAACAUGCAACAGUCUGGCAUGGAUGUGCACGAGUUYAUGCCAGUCCUGCAUCAGGCGCUGAAGUCGCUUCACCGGGAGCCAGACAGCAGCUUCCCUUACUGA